AUGGCACAAGUCCUCACCACCACAACUCUUUGGCCUCACCAAAUGGCGCCACAUCACCAGCCACACUAUUUCACAAGCCCGCUAGCCGGUCUCCAGCCUCAUCCUCCUGCUCCUGCUCCUCUUUCUGUCAGCUUCUCCCUCCUCUCUGCGCUCCCAGCAGAUAUAAUCUACGAAAUCACCGACUACCUCUCCAAUACCGAAGUCCUAAAACUCCAACUAGUCUCCCGCGGUCUUCGCCGAAAAUUACCGAUCCAGCGUCUAAACUCCAUCCAUUCGCAUAAGACCUACUUCCUCUGCCAAGACGGGAUUCGAAAACUCGAGCGUAUCGCAAGAAUACCUCGACUUGCCAAAAGAGUUACGCAUAUCACAUUUGAUCUUGAAAGCCCCUAUGUCGGACUUCUUAAGCGUUACUGGUGCAUUAGCACCGCGAUGGGGUACCCGCAGGAAACUAGGGCGAGAAUGCAGCGGUGGUAUCACAACCAUAUGCGACGGAGUUUGACGUUACCAUCUGCGAGAAGGAUUAAGGAUAAAUCACUCCGAGCUUCUGGGUUGAAAAGGAUUCUGAAAAGAAUGUUUACGGGCCAUGGCGAAGAAAGUGGGAGUUUAAGGACCAAGAACAGAGAAGCCGAAGAAGAAGCCGAAGAAGAAGAACCGACGAAAUACGAAGACGCAUUUCAUGAAAUCUUCACGUUGUUCGAAGUCCACUUGACUAGUUUAUACCUAAAAUGGCAGGAUAAAGCCGAAAUUCUGGAACGUAUAACAUCAGCCUUUCGAUCCCUCCCAAAUCUUCAAAUCCUCGAGUUCAAAAGAACAGAUAUAACAAAGGAAGACCCAUCGGUUAUGUUAAAGAUUUGGAGAGAAUAUAAUCCAGAGCUAGCUUGGUUGCUGAAAAAGAAUCCGGAAAUCGAGGAUGGUGAUUUACCCUGGACCGAUUGGUUUUCGAGAGAAGCUUUGCAUUCUCAUCUUUGGGAGGCUUAUCCGUCGAUACUAUUUUGUGCUGCUCAGGCGAAACGACGGAUUAAGGAAGUUCGAGUGGGUACACUUUCAACUGAAUAUCCAAAGUCUGGAGCUAUGAUAUCGUUCUUUGAGCCGUACCAUGCGAGGAUCAGUGAUACCACGGGCCGCCAAGCUACUGAAGCCGAGUUGAACAGCUGGAUCGAAAGGCACGCGGAAGGGUAUCGGUACACCUUUUCGGGACUACGAAGAUUGGAGUUAUGUUUAGAUGAGAAAGAGAGGGAAGGGUACCAUCGGGAAUAUUUUGAAGUUUCGCCGUUGUUUACGGAUACCAUUAGGACGGUUGAGGAUUUAGUCGUUUGGAAGGUGCAAGGGAGUGAAGUACGAAGGGAGGAGAAUACUACACCUAAAGAGUUUGUGGUGCCCACAACAAUGAAUUUGGAGAAAUUGAGGAGGAUUGAACUUGGAAAAGUUGGAAUCACACUUCGUGGGUUAAAGGCAUUCUUGUUGACAAAUAAGGAGACGGUUAAGGAAGUCGUAUGCGGAGAAGGAACAUUCGGACACAGCGUGGUGGAGAAAGAAGAAAUCCUCGAUUUCCUGGAGCAAACUCGAGAUAACAUGGGUUUGGAAAACAUCGAAGUCGAUUUUUUGGUCGGGAAUCAGUACCGAAGGCUUAUCGAUGAAAAAAAGUAUUUCUUAAGUGUUAAGAUUCAUGGAAACUGGAGGGAUCGGGCGUUUUGCGGGUUUGAUAUCGGAUUGAAGUAUAGGUUUACCACCAUUUCGGGUGAAGACACGAUGCAGAGUCAUUGGGUGCGGAAACACUCGUAUGAGGAGUUUGUGAAGUUUAUUGCUGUUACCGAUGUUCAGGAACACUUUGAGAUUCAAUGA